AGCUUGCCCGCUGUGCUUGUCAGCGCUGGUCUCUGCUCGCAUCCUUCGCCCGACGAAAUUCCUCCAAGAGCCUCUGCACUGCGACCGCCAUGACGCUGCUCUGAGUGCACACUGUAUUGCGUAGACACACUGUGCCCAGCACCGCUGCUCGCCCGCCAAUGCGAUCCUGGCCGCCGCAGCUCCGCCCCCGAUGACAUGGCUGGCUCCGGCGCAACCGCAGCCACCAUGAGCAGCUCUUCGCAUCCGCAUUUCGACCACGAUGACGCCCUGGGUCUCGCCGAGUACGGCCUUGCGCCUGCGUCUAGUAGUGUCCGCGGCGCCAGCCCUGGCCAAAUGAUGGGACAGUUUCCCGACUUCGAUGUGGCUUUCGCGCGCACCCAAAACCCCGGAUUUCCAGGCAAUCAGGUCCACCGCGGUAGCGUGGGCGGUGUGAGCGAUGACAACCUGAGCGGCGGAGGCAGUGUCCACCCACGUGGUCUGAGUAUCGGCGGCAGUCCCGGCAUGCUGGCGCACGAGGGCUACAAUGCUAGUCCUGACAGUGCUCCGGGCAUGAGUCUGCUGGCUAUGGGCGACUCGCAUAACUCUUCUGCGCCAGGUCUGAAGCUGGAAACAAACGAGGGCCCCAACUUUGCCUCCACAGCCACGAAGCGCGCAAAGGACGCCGAGAUGGACACGCCACAAUGGAGCGAGAUGAAGACUAAAGCCGGCAAAGAACGAAAGAGACUUCCACUUGCGUGUAUUGCAUGUAGGAGGAAGAAGAUCCGCUGCUCAGGCGAGAAGCCGGCGUGUAAGCACUGCGUUCGGAGCAGAAUACCAUGCGUGUACAAAGUCACCACACGGAAAGCGGCACCGAGAACAGACUACAUGGCAAUGCUAGACAAGCGCCUAAAGCGCAUGGAAGAUCGUGUGAUUAAACUUAUACCGAAGGAGAGCCUCCCUUCUGUGGCCAACGUGGGCAGAUCAGUCGUCAAGCCUGCUAUACCAGGCGCCGCGCCAAAAACUCCAGCAACCAAGAAACGACACGCUGAAGAAGCGUUUGGGAACGAACUGGAUGAAUGGGCCAAGUCAACGGGUAAAGAUCCAGACGUAUCAGGUGUGACUGGAAGAUCGAAGGAGUCAGACGAGAACAGGCUGCUCACAGAAGGCGCGGAUAGCCUGCCAUCAAAGGAGAUUCAGGAACACCUUGCUGAAGUAUAUUUCGACUACGUAUACGGCCAGAGCUAUCCUUUACUGCACAAGCCAAGUUUCAUGCGGCGGUUGAGCGCAGGCAAAGUACCGCCAGUACUGAUUCUGGCCAUGUGUGCCAUCUCAGCCCGCUUUUCGACACACCCACAGUUGCGAACGGAACCGUGUUUCUUACGAGGCGAUGAUUGGGCACAAAGAGCAAGGGAGAUUGCGUUGAAGCGCUACGAUUCACCGAACAUUACUAUUUUAAUAGUUUAUCUCUUACUUGGUCUUCACGAGUUUGGCACAUGCCAAGGUGGACGGAGUUGGAUGUUUGGCGGCAUGGCACAGAGAAUGGCAUACGCUCUGCAGCUUCACAAGGAAAACGAGUACGAUCCGCUAGUAAAUGAUCCAGACAAGAAGCCGCUUAGUGCGACAGACCGGGAGAUCCGGAGAAGGACCAUGUGGUCUUGUUUUCUGAUGGACCGGUUCAAUUCGUCCGGCUCGGAUAGGCCGCUUUUUGUGCACGAGCAGUACAUCGAGGUGCAAUUGCCGGUCAAGGAGCACCUGUACAUUCACGAGAUCCAUGCACCGACCGAAAACUUGGAAGGCGCGGUGCCAAACCCCGUGCCGCCUGACAGCGGGCAACUGGCAAAUCCUCGAGAGAACAUGGGUGUCACAGCCUACACUGUUCGAUUAGUGUGCGUUUGGGGUAAACUCGUCAAGUACAUGAAUCUUGGUGGCAAGGAACGAGAGGCGGAACCAAUGUGGUCGUCAGAAUCGACAUUCUUUCAAAUAAAGAAGGAAACCCUGGAGUUCAAGGAUUUGUUGCCAGAGAUGCUGGUCUACACACCAGAGAAUCUGAAGAGCCAUGCCAUCGGCAAGACGGCGAACUCGUUCUUGUAUUUACACAUCCUUUGGCAGCAGAUCAUGCUUUUCAUGCAUCGCUUUGCACUGCCUUCGACUGCAGGCGCGCGGCCGCCGAAGGACAUGCCACACGAAUUCCUCACAAACUCAGCACACACUGCGCUCGACUCUGCGAACCAGAUCUCAAUUCUCAUCAACGAGGCUAUGGACCACAACGUCGUUGCGCCUUUCGCUGGAUACUCUGCGUUCUUCUCAUCGACCGUCCAUGUCCAUGGUGUUUUUUCGAGCAAUGCGAAACUCGAGGCCAAAUCGAAGAAGUAUUUGGCAUACAAUGUCAAGUAUCUGACCAAGUUGAAACGAUAUUGGGGCAUGUUUCAGUAUGUCGCCGAGAACCUGAAAGAUCUAUACCGACAGCACGCCGAUGCGCAUUCGAAAGGACCGACCGCGAGCGCAGAUGGUAAGAGCAAAGCCAACAUAUUCCAGUACGGCGAUUGGUUCGAUCGGUAUCCGCACGGUGUUUCGAAGACAGACUACGAGGACGCAGCAGAGGCAAAGGCCCACGAGCCUGGCACUGAUGCUGUACUUGGCGAGAAGAGCGAUCUACAGAGCGUGGAAGAGUUCUUCGCGUCGUUAUCACCACCCUCCAAGGCCGAUAUCCGCAAGCAAGCCCGCAAGACGAAGGCUAAAUCUGUCAGUAAAGCAGCUGCGACAGAAACACCAAAGCUAGCACGCCAAACUAGCAAUAAACAACAGUCCGCCCCCGCUCAUGGCCAACAGCAACAGCAGCCAAUAUCACAUAUAUCCAUAACGAACGACGCGACCAUGUCCACCCCACCUACCACAUUCGACCCCGCCGCUUACUUUUCACAACAAAACCAAUCUACCUCGCAACAAUUCAUUGCUGAAUUUGCCGGCCCACACGCGCUUCUCAACUCCGGUACAUCGCCCUCUAUCGGCCACCUCCCACACCUCCAAAACCCGACUACUCACCCACAAAAUCACAUGGACAUGUCACCAUUCCCCGAUCUAUCUUCUGACUUCAAUGCCGCAUUCUGGAACCUCGAGGCCAUGGGCAUGGGCGGCGGCAGCAACCACUUCUUCGAUCCAAUGAGUAGCUACUUUGUGCCCUUCAACGUGGAUCCACCAAACAUGAUGGGUGGUGGAGGUGAUGGUGUGUUUGAUGGCCAGGGCGCGGACUAUGGGUUUGGGCUAGGACAGGGUCCGAACGUGGAUUUGAAUAUGUUGGAUGCAGGCGUAGAGGGAAUUGGACAAGAUGGAAGUGUACAGAGGAGACAGACGGGAGAGGGAAUGGGAAUGGAGGGAUUUGACGGGAGUGGCUGAAUACGUGAACAGGAGAAGAAGUACAUGCUGAGGAGGAAUAAUGAUUGUUACGCGGGAUUUAGGAUAUACCAUUGUGCAGGCGAUUGUAGCCAAAGUUGGGGGAGAAAAGUAAAUCAAUAAAGGAAGGAGUCUUUUAUCAUGUUCAUACAACUUGGCAACCAACACGCUGCUUCCACUUCGAAAAUGUUCGUAUGAUAGAUUAUGUUUUA